AUGGCGCCCUCUCUUAGCCCUCCAGAGCUUUUGGUACUUCUCAUAAGGACAGAAAUGUUUCUGUUUGGUACCUGGGUCCUACUGGCCUUGAUAUCUUCCCCAGGGGCCACAGACGAGCUCUUUGAGGUGUCUGUUUGGCCAGACCAAGCCCUGGUGGAAUUUGGACAGUCCAUUGUGGUCAACUGCAGCACCACCUGUCAAGACCCAGGACCCAGUGGAAUUGAGACCCUUUUCAAGAAAACCCAGGUUGGCAAAGGACAUCAGUGGAAGGAGUUUCUCCUGGAAGAUAUCACCGAGAAUUCCAUCCUGCUGUGCUUCUUCUCAUGUGUAGGAGUCCAAAAGGACAAGAGCCUGGACAUCUCUGUAUAUCAGCCACCAGAGCAGGUGAUCCUGGAACUGCAGCCUGCAUGGGUGGCUGUGAAGGAAACCUUUACAGUGAAGUGCCUCGUGCCCAGUGUAGCACCCCUAGAGAACCUCACCCUUACUCUGGUCCAAGAUAACCGAGAACUCCAUAGGAAGAACUUCAUGAGCUUGGCUAUGGCCACCCAAAGAGCUGAGGUCACCAUCAGUGUCAAAGCCCAAAGGGAGGAUGACAGGGGCAAUUUCUCCUGCCAUGCUCAGCUGGACUUGAGUUCACAAGGUGGAGGCCUCUUUCACAGCAGCUCAGCCAUCAAGGUGCUCCGGAUCUUCGAAUUCUCUCAGCGCCCCCAGAUCUUAGUCUCUCCACUACUGGAGGUUGGGAUGGCAGAGAGUGUGAGCUGUGAGGUGGCAAGGGUGUUUCCAGCCGAAGAGGUAAUGUUCUACAUGUCCCUGGAAGACCAGGAGCUGAGCCCCUUGCUCUCCUGGGAGGGAGACACAGCAUGGGCCAAUGCCACUGUUCGGGCCAUGGACACUGGUGAUCAGGAGCUGUCCUGCCUUGUAUCUCUGGGUCCAAAGGAACAGAAAACAAGAGAGCCGGUGCAUGUCUAUAGCUUUCCUCCACCAGUCCUGGAGAUAGAAGAAUCAAACCCCUUGGUGGGGACAGACAUUAACGUGACCUGUUCUGAGCAUGUAUUAACAUCACCCAGCUCUACACUGCGACUUCAGGGAGCCCCGAUGCUCCCCGGCCCUGGGGAGCCUGCCUGGCUUUUACUUACUGUCAAGGAGGAAGAUGAUGGCCGAAAUUUCUCCUGUGAGGCCUCCUUGGAGGUUCAGGGUCAGCGGUUGGUCAAAGCCACUGCUCUCCAGCUCCGUGUCUUUUAUGAGCCACGGUUAGAGGAAUCUGGCUGUCCGGGCAACCAGACAUGGGUCGAAGGGACAGAGCAGAUGCUUAUCUGUGUCCCAAAGGGAAACCCGCCUCCAAGCUUGGUGUGUACCUGGAAUGGGAUGAUCUUUGACCUUGAAGUCCCACAGAUGGCAACCCAGAACCACUCUGGAACCUACUGCUGCAUGGCCACUAACCAGCUGGGCUCUGUCAGCAAAGACAUUGCUGUCGUUGUUCAAGGACCGGAAGAAAGCCUCAGCUCCACCAUCUUCGUUAUUAUCAUCGUGGCCCUUGGAGCAGGUGUUGUCGCCCUAGCGCUGUACUUGAACUAUCGGCCCUGCAAAAUAGAGAGGAAGACAUUGUCCUAUAAGCAGAAAGAGAGCAGCAAAGAGGAGGAAAGCCAGCUUGCUGUUCAACAAGCAGAGAAGUGCAGCCCACAUAAUUACCAAAUAGAAAUCACGACCGGCUGA